AUGGGAGGUGCAAGGAGUAACAAUGGCAUGAUGAACGGUGGUGGAAGAAGAAGCAUGAUCUGUCAGAGGCGUCCAAUUCCAAAAAGAGGACAGGUGAAAGUUGGAAUAGUAGUUGGUCUCGCCAUCUCCGUUGCUUCCAUUUUCUCUCGCCGCAGGAUUGCACCUAGAAGCUGUUCUUCUCAGUAA